AUGUUCGCGCUGUUGAGUGAUACUCUCUUCCAGCAGACGGGAAGUUGCCUGGAGCGACCGGGGCGACAGAAAGCAGUAAGCGAUGAGCACCGGCGCCUGACCUUUGCGCAGCGCUGCGCCGACUUCCUCGGGUCCAAGGAGGAGCCGGAGGCUCUACAGCGCCUUGUGGUUGCUCAUGGAACGCAGGCCAUCUAUGCCACGGCCUCGGAAGCCUCUCUGGUGGUGCUGCCUUACAUCAACGGCCAAGUAGGCGGCGAUGUGCAGAGCUUUGCACAGAUGUCUGCGUUGGCCUCGGCCGUGCAAUUCCUCGGGGGCCUCGCGUUUGGGCGGAUGACCGACCAGCGAGGCAGUUUCUGGGCCCUGAUGACGGCACAUGGUGCAUCGCUAGGCAGCGGACUCCUCGUGGCCUCGGCCUCCUCCAAGCAGGCGCUGACGGCAGCGAUGCUGCCUUUGGCCAUGGCCCAUGGCUUCCAGGCGUCGUCACAAAUCGCUGUGACGAGCUCUACUCCAGAAACCAGGGCGAUCGCGAUGGGCCGCAUCAGCAUGACCUAUGGCGCCGGCUUCUUUGCCGGCACCCUGGUCACCUCCGCAGCAGCGCGACGGCUUUCCGCGCGGCAGAUUGCCUGGGCCGCCGUCUUCCUCGAGGCUGGCGCGAUUGCUGCAGUAGCUUUGCUCUACCCACCCGAAGAAGGACCUCCGCCCGAUGCUGCAGGGAAUUCUGAGGGCAGCGACUUUCGUCAACUCCUGCGCCGACCACAGGUGGUUCCUCUGCUCCUUUCUAGGAUGGCGAACGCGACCUCAGGCGGAAUGCUGCUCUGCAUGAUCAACCAGUUUGCCAUGGAUCCGUUCAGUUUCUCAGCCUCACAAACCAGCCUCCUCAUGGCGUACGUCUCCGGCGUGCAGCUCAUUUCCCAAGGCGGCCUGGUUCCGCUUUUGGCUCGCUUCUCACCAAAAGCUCUUCGUUUGGCCUCUUCGUCAGCGCUGGCGCUGCCGUUGUUGGGCCUCGCGGCGUUUGGCAAUUCUCCCGCAGCAUACGUCUUUUGGCUCGGCCCGCUCACUUCAGCGGCGCCUGGGCUUCAAGUGAUAUGCCACGCGCAGGGCAAAUACGAAUUCCUGGUGCUGAACACGGGCGAAUUGUCUUUUCUGGCGCUUGACCUCUGGAGGCACAGCUGUUCCGUGUAG